AUGGGUAAUACAAAAUAUGUAUAUUUUGUCUUUGCUCUUAUAGGGUACCUCUUGAUAGUCUUUGUAAACAUAGUUCUUGUUUUAGUAAUAUUUCUGGAAAGAAGCCUUCAUGAGCCUAUGUAUAUCUUUCUCUGUAGUUUAUCUGUUAACGCCCUUUAUGGAACUGCUGGUUUCUAUCCUAAACUUCUGGCUGAUCUUCUAUCAGAGACCCAAGUGAUUCCUCAUGCUGGAUGUUUCAUUCAAAUAUUUGUUAUCUAUGGUUAUGCAAUUGCUGAAUUUACCAUUUUAACAGUGAUGGCAUAUGACAGAUAUGUGGCCAUUUGUAAACCUUUACACUAUACAAAUAUCAUGACAGAUAGAGUUGUUUGUAAAUUACUAUUUGGUGCCUGGCUAUCUCCAUUCUGUAGCAUGGCCCUUGUUCUUUUGUUUUCUUCAAGACUGCCUUUGUGUGGAAACCACAUUGAAAGACUGUAUUGUUCCAACUGGUCAGUUGUUAAACUAUCUUGUGUACCAACUACUCUAAACAAUGUUGUUGGUUUUGUAGUUACUAUUUGUGCAAUUUUUCCACCUCUGUUUUUUAUAUUGUUUUCCUAUGUACAAAUUCUUAUUGUUUGUCAGAAAAGCUCCAAGGAAUUCAGAAGGAAAGCUCUCCAAACAUGUCUCCCACAUUUAACUACACUGAUCAGCUAUUCUAUCACCAUGCUUUGUGAAAUAGUUCUUAGCCGUUUAGACUCUAAGGCUUUACCCCAAAUUGUUGUUAUCACCUUGUCAUUAGAGUUUCUAAUAAUUCCUCCGCUUUUGAACCCACUCAUGUACGGUCUUAACCUGCCAGAGGUACGCAAAAGGGUUGUAAAUAUGCGCCAAAGAAAGCAAAUUAGAGCACUAUGUAACAUUCCACACACUGUCAAAACCUAGUUUGUUAAUAUUUAGUACAUUUGUUUUAUUUUAACUAUGCAUGAUUCUUGAGUCAGGACAACUGACCUGUGUAAGGAAGCUGGGCCUUGAGCUCAAUUUAAAUUGACCCAGAAAUCAA